UUAUAACGGCAUUAGGGAACUUGAAGGCGCCCAGUGAUGACGUACACAGCCGGGUAAGCACAGUGAGAAACAUGGCUGCCUCCAUAUCGGAGCAGCUCGCAGAGUUGUUAAACCCGCUGCCGAAUUUUACAGACCCCGAAGACGACCAGAAUGAAGAGACUAAAGCCAGAGUCAUUGACAAGUUUGAUGAAGGAGGUGAUGAUGACGAUGACGAUGAUCUGCGGGUCAGUGGAUUGAGGAAGAGAUCAGCGGCUUUGCUGGUAGAUUCAGAUAAACGCUAUCGUGGCAAAGUGACGUCACGCAAGGAGCUUCAGCAGGAGUUUGAUGGAUCAGCUGAUGAUGAGGAGGAGGAGGACGAUCAAGAUGAGGAUGAAGACAGCGAAAGCGGACAGCGUGAUCAGGUUAUGGAAGACGUCGGCGAGGAGAACGGAGAUGAAGACGACGACGGCGACGACGACAUCAGCGACGACGGCGGUUCACAGCUGUCCAGCUUGGUGUCGAAGAUGAAGGGAGCCGACCUGAGCUUCCCUAAAGAGACAGACUUCCGUAAACUCACAGAAGGCAUGGACGACCUGGGAGAGAGCGAGGACGAGGAAGAAGGGGAAAGCGACGACGAAGGAGAAAGCGAGGAGGACGAUGAGGAGGAUGACGGUGAUGAUAGUGACGAGGACAUAGAGGGAGGUGUGAUGACCUUCUCGAAGGAGAAGGUGGAUGAAGAGGUGGAGAAAGGCAGAGCAGUGAAGAAUCAGCUCGCUCUUUGGGACCUGAUGCUCGAAGGACGAAUUAAAAUGCAGAAAGCCCUGGUGACGGCCAAUCAGCUUCCUCAGCCCAACACCUUCCCGGAGUUCAAGGGCAAAGGCGGGGCAGAGUACACUGGAGCUCUGAAGAAUAGCCACAAAGCUCUGAAGGCUCUACAGAGAUCUUUAUUAGAGCUUCAGGACCUGCUGCUGUAUCAGAACCCGGAGACCAGAGGCAUCUCGCAGGGGAAGACCUGGGCACGAGACAGCAGCAAGUCGGAGGAAGAUGAAGAGGACGACGUGGAUAGUGACGAGGGUGAAAACGAGGUGGAAGGCGAUGAGGGAGAAAAGUGGCCCAGAAGUGGAACCGGACCCUCCAAGCGGAAACUGGAGACGACGCAGUACCCCGACUUCAUGGCAAAGCGCUUCGCCGCCUUCCAGCCGUACCGCGACGCCACGCUGCAGAAAUGGUACGACAAGACGCGGCUCACCACAGGCAAGAACAACAAGGGCUUCGGAGCGUUUGAGCGGAACAUCCUGACUCAGGUAGAGCAGGUGCUGAUGGAUAAGGAGCGCUUGCUGAAGCGUACACAGACACGCAGGUCUGACUACAGAGUGCUGGGCAAACCGGAGCUCAGUCACGUCACCACACAGUCCAACAGCACCGAGCCUGAGGCAGUUGAACCGGUGAUCAAAGCUAAUGCACAUCUCAAAGAUCUGGACCAGGAGAUCUUCGACGAUGAUGACUUUUAUCACCAGCUUCUUCGAGAGUUGAUCGAGCGUAAAACAAGUGCAGCUGAUCCUAAUGACCAGGUGGCCAUGGGCAGGCAGUGGCUGGCUAUCCAGAAGCUCCGCAGUAAGAUUAAGAAGAAAGUGGACACGAAGGCGAGUAAAGGCAGGAAAGUCAGAUUCCAUGUGCACAGUAAGCUGGUGAAUUUUAUGGCUCCUAUUGACCACAGUUCCAUGAGUGAUGAAGCUCGGUCCGAGCUGUACCGAUCUCUGUUUGGAUCCCAGACGCUUCAGUGACGCUGCUGAUGGAGGAACAGGAACAUACACACACGCACACACACACACACACAGAGUGAUCUGACUGAUGUGAAUUUUGGGACCCACAGUAAACAAUUGUUUGUAUUUUAUUUUCUUUUAAGCUUUUUUGUUUUAUUGGAAAUAAUUACAGAAAUUAGACUUUUUCUGAUCUGUGUUUGAUAUAAAGUGACUCUCUCUCUCUCAUAUUGUGUAGAAUAAAUAGAGAGAGAGAACAUUUGGUACAUUUAGAGACCCCAUGCUAUUAAAAAAAAUAAAAAUCUGAAUUCAGUUCAACAAUAAAAAAAAGGUUUUAUUCCC